ACCAACCGUUGUUUUGCUGCAAAUAUGAACUGUAGCUGAAUUUGCUAAUGAAGUAGUUGGAAAUUAGAAGUAUUUUGUUGUAAUUUAAGCGAAUAAUUGAAGCCAUGUUCGGCGACUGGUUGUGAAAUCGUGCGCAAAAUACAAAGUCAUCUCCUUAAACUGCCAGUCACCAUGGCGAUGAACAGCUCAUCAGACAUCUUGAGCUCUGCGUACUUGGCGGUGGAGUACGUUGAUGCAGCACUUCCAGAGAACCCCUUCCAGCCCUCCUUGAAAAAUGCCUGGGGCUACAUGCUGGACAACUACACCAAGUUUCAGAUCGCCACCUGGGGGUCGUUGAUCGUUCAUGAGUUCGUCUACUUCCUGUUCUGCCUGCCUGGUUUCCUUUUCCAGUUCAUGCCCUUCAUGCAGAAAUACAAAAUCCAGCAGGACAAACCAGAGACAUGGGAGAAACAGUGGAGAUGCUUCAAAAUGCUGCUCUUUAACCACUUCUGCAUCCAGCUGCCUCUGAUCUGUGGGACUUACUACUUCACUGAAUACUUCAACAUCCCUUAUGACUGGGACUCAAUGCCACGCUGGCCGUACGUCCUGGCUCAGUGUUUCGGCUGUGCUGUUGUUGAAGACACCUGGCACUACUUCCUCCAUCGACUGCUGCAUCACCGCAAGAUCUACAAAUACAUCCACAAAGUCCACCAUGAAUUCACUGCUCCAUUCGGUAUGCAAGCAGAAUAUGCUCAUCCAGCAGAGACUCUCAUCCUGGGAGCUGGUUUCUUCAUCGGCAUCAUGAUCUUCUGUAACCAUGUGUUCUUCCUGUGGGCCUGGGUGUCCUUCCGCCUGUUGGAGACCAUCGAUGUCCACAGUGGUUAUGACAUCCCUCUGAACCCACUCCACUUGAUCCCGUUCUACGCUGGGACCCGUUUCCAUGACUUUCACCACAUGAACUUUGUUGGGAACUACUCCUCCACCUUCACCUGGUGGGACAAGCUGCUGAAGACGGACAGCCAGUACAACAAAUACAUGCAGAAACAGGGGGACAAAAAGGAGCAGUAAAGCCCUCAAAUCUUCGGUUUAAGCAUUCACGCCUGGUCUGUCAGGAGGAAGAAUGAAGGCAGCUGAAGAGACACAAUAUGCACACAAACACUGAGCUACUUCUCCUCUUGGUACAUCAAAUGAAACAAACUCUACAGAUUUGCUUUUAAAGAAUCCAACUGGUGUGAAUUGAAUCCAAAUCAGACUGUGUUGACUUCAGUCUGUCUUCUGUGCCUUUCUUCUAAAAGACAUAUUUUUGUCUUCCUCUGUCAACAGCUGCUGACUGAAUAAAAACCAUCAACAUCA